UUUUGAAAUUAUUAAAUUUCCAUAUAACAAAAACUCUAAUUCACUCAAUUUAAUAACCUAUUUCUAAAUUACGUAGUCUAACAAUGAAAAAUCACUAGAUAUACACGUAUGGCAUCACAAAAGUCACAAAUGCGCACGCGCAAUGCACUCGCUUAUGAAGCAUACGGAUCCAAUCGGGAUUAACAUGCGCAGACCGCGCAGAAAUUCGUCAUAUGAUGAGUAUGCUCUUCCGGGGAACAAAUAAUGACUGAAAGGUGGUGUUCGUAACCAAUUUAGCCAACUAUUUCCGGAAUAAUAAAUCGCCUUGAGGUGACGUUUGCUGUUAUUGUCUGCAAGGAUAUCAGUUUGAAUAUUUCCACAUCAAGUGUCUUCCCAAACAAAAUGGGCCUAACAAUCAGUAGCCUGCUUACUCGGCUUUUUGGUAAAAAGCAAAUGAGGAUAUUGAUGGUGGGUCUGGAUGCUGCUGGCAAAACUACAAUAUUAUACAAAUUGAAGCUUGGUGAAAUUGUCACAACAAUACCUACCAUUGGAUUCAACGUUGAAACUGUUGAGUACAGGAAUAUAUGUUUCACGGUGUGGGAUGUUGGUGGCCAGGAUAAAAUCAGACCACUAUGGAGACAUUACUUUCAAAAUACGCAAGGCCUCAUUUACGUUGUUGACAGUAAUGAUCGUGAACGUAUCGCAGAGGCUGAACGUGAAUUAGCAAACAUGUUGAAAGAAGAUGAACUGCGAGAUGCGGUUCUCUUAGUUUUCGCUAACAAACAGGACCUACCAAAUGCCAUGUCUGCGGCAGAACUUACAGAUAAAUUAGGACUUAAUUCUUUGCGAGGACGUCAUUGGUAUAUUCAGAGUACCUGUGCUACUCAAGGACAUGGCUUGUACGAGGGACUUGAUUGGUUGAGUAAUGAACUUGCUAAAAAGUGAUAAAGCAUUGUCGUUAUUCAUAAUCUUCAUGAACAGUUUAAUCAUUGAGCAUGGACGUAGAAGACAGGUUGCAGUUUCCGUUUUGUCAGAUUACGCACUAUGUGUACAUGUUUAAUACCACUGUGAUUGUAAUUUCUAAGAUAAAAAUUGCUUGAAAUAAUAGAGUAUAACUUGACCGACAUAACUUACAUGAUGCUUAUAUUGGUUUCAUUUUUAAAGUGAAAUUUUCAAAAAAGAAAAAAAUAUAAAUUAGAUGAGUGUGUAUGUUUACCAGUUCUGUAUUAUUUGUACGUGAUUUAUAAUUCCAUUUGAGAAAGUUGUAAGUUCAAUUGGAAGUGUAUCUUGGAUUUAAAAUAAACAUGGAAUAUUUCUACAUUAAUUUUAA